UCCCGCCGCAUUCGAUUUCCGCAAUUUCGAGCCUCCAGUCAUAAGAAAGAGUGGCUACUUGUCUUUUACGCAGAAAAGGCGUAAAACAAUAAAGCAGGUGUUGCUCGCUGUUUUUUUACAAAGACCAUGCCCCCAAAGAAGAAACUAAAACGCCAGAUUCAGCCUCCCCAUAAGAACGACCCUCUUACUCUCUCCUGUGAGUGGGGCACCUGUGAGGACGUGUUUGACAACAUGGAUGACUUUCUCAAGCAUGUCCUGGACCAUUUGAACCAUGAGUUCAUAGCGGAGAGAUCCCAGGCAGGACAAGCACCAGUCCUCGAUGUGUACAAACCCAGCAAGUGCAAGUGGCGAGAGUGUGGCUAUUUGGCGGAGAGGGACCACUUUGAUUACCUUCGCCAUACCUACUUUCACUGCUUCCACGUGAAGAUUAAGUGUUUUGGGAUGACCAUGCUGCUGCAGAGCGAGAGCAAGCAGGGAUGCAUGCUGGAUUCUGCCACCAGAAACAUGAUUCCUGAGCUGCCAGAGAGGCUGCAGUGUGGGUGGAAGGAGUGUGAGGAAAUAUCUGAUAACCCAGAGUACUUCUACCGCCAUGUUGCCUUCCAUGCAGAGGAUUAUCCUGAGGGCAAUAAUGUGCCUGGUGGAUGCAGGUGUGAGUGGGAAGGUUGUGGACACAGCUAUAAAAGUAAACAUAAGCUAAAGGAGCACCUGCGCAGUCACACCCAGCAGAAAGUGGUGGCUUGUCCGACCUGUGGCGGACUUUUCUCAAAUCGAACAAAAUUCUUUGACCAUGUCAAGAGACAAUCUCAGGCAGAUCCUCAUUGCUAUCAGUGCUCUCACUGCAACAAGAGGUUCAACACGGAGCGGCUUCUGCGUGAUCACAUGCGUAACCAUGUCAACCAUUACAAGUGCCCUCUCUGUGACAUGACGUGCCCUGCACCCUCUGCGCUGAGGAACCACAUUCGUUAUCGUCACACAAAUGAGAAACCAUAUAAAUGCACGGGUUGUGAACGCAAAUGUAAAACCCUUGCAGACUUAAGGAAACACUUAGAGACCCACAACGAGAAACCGAUGUUCUACUGUCAUUACCCGAACUGUAAAUACAGCGCCAAGGUUUACAACCUGUUUGUUCGACACUUCAGGAAACACACAGCUAACCCGAUGGGCAUCAAACCCAAGUACAUGUGCCACAUCUGUAAUACCACAUACACCCGUGGAGAAAAACUGACACACCAUCUCAAAAAUCACCACAAAUUCAAGUGGCCUUCAGGACACACCAGGUUCAGGUAUAAACUCCACGAAGACUCUUUCUUCCGGCUGCAGACUGUGAGGUAUGAGUCUAUUGAGUUGACAGAACAUUUUCUGGAGAAGGCACCAGAACGGAGAGAUGAGGAUGAGGAAGAGGUCACAGUGGAGGUCAUUCCUGAAGAUUGUACAGAUGAGGAGGGACAAGGAGAUGCCCAGGAAGAGGUACAUCCUGAUGAUAUGUCUUACAAUCUGGAUGUCCUGGGGGAUGCUGCCCUGAGAGAAUUGAAUUCAAAGCAGACUGAUAGUGAGACAGCUAUGGCACAACCAACACAAUCAGUGGAACAACUAACACAAUCAGAAACAGCUCUCAUCAAUGUAAUUGAGGACCAGGAACAAUCCUUGGAACAUGAUGGACAACUGGAUGAUGUGAUACACUCAGGACAAAUGUUACAAACUGAACCAGUGCUGUCUCAUACAGAGGCACAUCUAACAAAUUCACUCGAACUCCAAACACAAUCAGAACAACCAGAAAUCUCACCUAGCACAUCUAACACGCCAGUAACUUCUAACAAACUGCAGGUUUUAAUUGGUCAUAAUGUCCACCUGCCUGAGACUGACCUGUCCACUAUUGACCACACGGACAUAUUAGAGCAGGUUGAGGAAAUGGAGCCACCAGCUGAAGAGCAUGCUGGGAUUGAGGUCCACCCUAUUAUCGCCUGUGGCUUAUAGAGGGAGACAGUGU